GAAACAAGCCUCAAACAUUAGGCACAAACAUUUUGAAAUAAACAUAUGUACAUUCAUCUAACCUUUUGCUUCAAUAAAACUUUAGUGUAUAAUAAAAAUGUAUUUUUGUGCAAACUCAACCGUGAAUGUGCAAAUAAACGGCCAAUUCAAGUGAAAAAUUGAGUUAAUAAUCUGUUCUUCCUCAGUUGAUUUUGAGUUUUUGUUGCGGAUAGUUGUUGCAUUAAAUAUGAAUGUACGUGUGUACAUAUAUAUCUGUGUUUAACUUAAUUUUUGUUUAUAUAAAAUAAAAUACAAAAGUUAUUUUUUAAGUUACAUAGUUACUCUAUAGUUUGAAAGUACCAGAUUUUAGAAGAUACGCAAAAGUUUCAUUAUAUAAGAAGCUAAAAUGAACAGCCACUCAGAGCUUCAUAAUUCAUCUGAUCAGGAUUAUUCAGAAUUUCUCAGCGAAUAUUUAUUGCAAACCAAUUCACAAAGCAAUGAGCCCGAAGUUAAUUAUGAAGAUGGGGAAAUGGAAGCAGAAUGGUUGAUUUCCGCUGGAUAUCCUGAAUUGACAAAGCCAUUUGAACAAGGGUUAGAACUUCCUAAAACUGAUCUGGAGCCUUUACUGAUUAAAUUAUCAAAGCCACAUGCGGAAGCUAUUAAACAACGUGUACAAGCUUUAAAUCAAACAGUUCGAGGACGCACAAAGAGUCGGUCAAAGCGUAAACCUGAUAUACGAGAUUUAUUUCCCGAUUUUGAUGAAUCAAGUACAGGCACACGUUCACGCAGUGCAACUCCAGAUUCUUUAGAUUCCAUACAAGUCGAUGAAGCUUGGAUAACCAGUUCUACACCAAACUUUGUGAGUGUUUUUGAAAACAAAAGUGAAACUGCCCGUAGAAGUCAAGAACAAUCAAAAGGAAAAUAUUUUAAACAGAACUUGCGAAGAACACCCAGCGCGCCGCUUAAAAGUUCUACUUCUGCUGAUAUAUUUCGAGGCUCACAUGUGCGAUGUGAUAUACCAUUGUAUUCGGCUCAUGGUGUGCAGUUGCUUGGGUAUUCACGAAUAGGCACCAUUCACUUGCCUCGAAAUAGAUCUGACUCAGAUCCAUUUUGUUCAGCUGGGCAAGCUCGUGAAAUACAAUUGGCGGAUUCGCAGAAUGAAAAUAAUACAUCAUCAGGAGAUUCUUGUGAUGAGUGCACAGAUACUUCCCUAACCAAAAAAAAUAAUCUAGAGCUGCCAAACUCAAAAAAUCAGUGCACAAGUGUUAAUCCUAUGCCUUUUAAUGGUCUAAGCUUUGAAAGUAUUUGUCGAGAUACCUAUAGUACAGACUACAUGGAUACACCAGAUAACUGUGAUACUUCUUCAAAAUUAUGGUCCGACAUAGUUUUAAUGAGCGAAAUUGACCGUAAACGUUUACAGACAACACUAUGGUUAGAAUUAGCCACAAUAUUCGAUCGUAACCAAGUUUCCUUGGACAAAAGAAAGCCUUUUAAGCGUCGUCGCAAAGAGGAGGGUAGUCUCUUUGGUGUAUCUUUAAACGCACUCAUACGUCGGGAUCAGCAAGCUACUGGAACUGACUCAACGUUAGUUCCACUAUUUUUGGAAAAUCUGCUUGCCGAACUUCUGCAACGUGGCUCUAAAGAAGAAGGAAUACUACGAAUAGGGGGACAUAAGCAAAAGACUGAUAUACUUUAUAACGAAUUAGAAUCAACUUUUUAUCAAAGACCAGAAAAGUUAGCUCAUCUUUUUGGAUCAGCUACAGUUCACGAACUCAGUACCCUUCUAAAGCGAUGGUUGCGUGAACUUCCCCAACCUUUGCUAACUAAUGAGCUUAUUAAACUAUUUUAUCAAUGUCACACACUUCCACCAGUGGAUCAAAGAAGUGCAUUAUCGAUUGUAUGUCAACUCCUUCCACCCGAGAACAGGAACACAUUGCGUUCCCUGCUGAGAUUUUUAAACUAUAUCAUUGAUCUUAAAGAUGUCAACAAAAUGAAUCUUCAUAAUGUAUCUACAAUAAUUGCUCCAUCCUUUUUUCCACCACGGUAUAUACACCCGAGUGACAAAAACAGCAUUGCAGAGCAAGUAAAGAUGGCCGCACAGUGUUGCCGUUUGACUUACGUUUUAAUAUUGCGUGGCGAAAGACUUUUCCAAGUACCAAAUAAUUUAAUUGUGGAAUCCAAGAGUAAGAAAACGAGGUUGGGUAAAAAAGGAUGCCCCCGGCGAGGCAUAAUAUAAAUUUAUAAAAUUACACCUAAUUUAAAUGAAGCCUAUAACUCUAAUGGCAACGAUUUUGACUCUACAGUUAUUAACGAACAUGAUGUGCAUCGCUUUGUUAUUUGAAAAACAUAUAUUUUAUAUUUUACUGUUGUAAACUUAUUAUGUAUUUAAUUUUGGUUAAACUUGACUCUCGCCAACGGUGGCAUUCUUGUAAUUGAUGAGGACUAUGUUGGCCAUGUCUUUAAAAUCAGAGACGGAAUAUGAUCAGCAUAAAAAAAAAGUGAUUUGAAAAUAAUCGGCAUAGUUCUCAUAGUAAUAGGCAAAAGGACUUGACUCUGAGUGACAUUUAUUGGGCCAUAGGGCUUUAUUUAUAGAAGAACUUAGCAUAGGAGCUUAUGGUAAGGGAUAUAUGUGUUUGAGGAUUACUUAUAUGAAUUUAAAUAGUAUCCUUGUUUUACGUUUAAUUACAUUUUAGUUUUUUUGUUAUUACACAUUUAUUACCUCUUCAGAUAACUAUGGGGUUCUUAUCCUAACUUACUGUAACAUAUUUUAGUGCGGUUGAUGUCUUGGCUAUCCGUAUGAUAAUGUUUUAUUCAAACAGUGGGUUUUUAAAUAUGCUACACCCUCCUUUCUUAAAAAAAAUGUUUAUUUGAAUAGGUUUUUACUAUUUGAUUUGUGGAUGUACGUUUUGUUUUUUUAUUUUUUAUACCCUUGCAGAGGGUAUUAUAAUUUUAGUCAGAAGUUUGCAACGCAAUGACGGAGACAUUUUCGACCUUAUAAAGUAUAUAAUUAAAUGCUCGAAUACUUCGUAAGUUUAAAAAAUUUACUUCAUUUUAUUUAACCGAAUUAAUACAAGAUUAUUUAUAAUGAAGAACACCGACCAAUUCGUUGUAGGUUUCAAACUGAACUUAACUGAAUUUAGCUGCAAGGGUUGACGUUCAUGCCUCGGUCUCGAGCUUUUGGGUGAAUCUUGAAGAUUCUGAGAGAGGGAGCUUAAUUAUGGAUUGUGAUAGCUUUUUUUUAAUGCUUUGAUUUCUCUUGAAGUCAAUUGCUCUUUUGUAAUUUGAUAAUUUUGUUUUCGAGCUAUCGAGUCCGAACUUCGAGCGUACGAAAAAUGGGGCAGAAUGUUUAUACAAUAAAAGUUGUUUAGUCUA